AUGCCACCAGCACAGCCGCAAACCGAGGCGACCCAUUGGGCUGUGCUCAUUGGCGUCAAUUUCUACCCAAAGCCUCCGGCUUCGGCGAAUGGGCAGGAAAAUGCUAAGGACAACUCGCUCAGAGCAGCCGUCGCGGAUGUUGAGGCUAUGGAAGCCUUCUUUUCGGAAUGGUCUUAUGUCAAGGUCUCAAAGCUUACGGCUUCCAAGAGACUAGAUGGAGAAUGCCAAGACACCCCCUCUGAGGACGCCAAAGACCAAGCAACAAUAGAGAAUGUCUCUGUUCUCUUGGAAGAUGUCAUACGCACGGGUAGCCUCAAAAACAUCAAACACGUCUACAUCCACUUCUCCGGUCACGGAGGGAGGAACAGUGAGAGGGAAUUACGACUUGGUCUUUAUCGACCGAACCCCCGUCAGAGCCCUGCGUUCACGACUAGUAUGCUCAGGGACUGCAUUGAUAAGAUGAUCAAUCAGGAAAUGAAAGUCACUGUGGUGCUGGAUUGCUGCUUCUCUGCCGGGGUGAAGCGAACUGGCCACUCCGCUUUGGGACAAGUCCGCUUCCUUGAGGAUGAACUGGGGAUGGAGGAGGAAGAAGAGCUCGAGUCCAACAGUGUCUCUACCCAAGACAAUUCGAAUAAAAUGCGAGGGGCAAGGUUUCAAGUCGAUCGUCUGCUCGAUGCUCAGGGAUACACCAUCAUCACUGCUUGUGGCCAAGACGAGACAACAACAGAAAUCGGGGGGGAACAGAAGCGAAAAGGCGCUCUCAGUCAUUUUCUUCUCGAUUCUUUGCAGCUCCUGAGAAGAGAGGGCUCUCAAGUAACCCUCACUACGUUGCAUGAGAACCUCCAGAACAAGUUUCGAUCUAUUGGCCUUAAUCAUGUUCCUCGUCGUUAUGGAAAGAGCAAUAUUUGCUUCUUUGAGAGUCUACUUUCUGGGCCCGAGGCCGCCUUUACUUCUGUCUCCUUUGAUAAGGAAACAGAGGAGUACAUUCUCAAUGCUGGCCAGGCCCACGGGGUAUGUGUUGGCGAUAGGUAUGAAGUGGCGGCAUGGUGGGCAUCGGAGAAUGUCGAAUCUCGAUCGAAGGAGCAACUCGAUGAGUUUGUAGUGGCGACAACGCGAAGUCUCGAUUCAGUCAUCAAACUCAUUGGAUCACGAAAAGAAGUUAACCCUGAGCUGCGUUCUUGGAAGGCCAAGGCUGUCAGCUUCUCCUCGCGUCAAAGGGUUACGGUGCACAUCACGGAUUCCUUACCCCAGGCGGACCGAGAGCAGCUACGACAAAGCCUGUCGGAGAAUCCAGUCCUUCAGGUCUCUAUUCCAGAGAAACUUUUGGACUUGCCAACUUUCAAUGUCGAGCUAGACGCUGAAAAUGCUUUCCGGGUACUGGAUGGCGCGGCUGAGCCGAUACCCAAUGUGCCGCCAAUCCAGAGGAGCGCAAAAGAUUCCAUAGAGUCUCUGACCCGAACAUUGGAGCAUCUGGCCAAGUACAAAUUUCUCCAAGGACUGAAGAAUCUAUCUCCAGACGCCGAAUUUGAGAAAUUAUUCUCCAUGACUUGCGCCGAUGAGUCCGGGGAUGAUGGCCGGUAUCACAUUGAAGACGGUCAGACUUGGAAGUUGGAUUUCGAAAACCUGGGAACUGAGCCCCUCUUUGUGCACAUUUUCAACAUGUGUUCAUCUUGGAGUGUCACAGACAUCAUCCGGGACGAAGGCGAGGACCCUGACGGGUUUGAAAUCGCCCCAGGGUCCAAAUUUCCCCUUUGUUUGGAAAUGGAAAUUCCGGAGCAGCAUCUGCCUCGUACCGAAGACGUGUUGAAGUUCAUUGUCACCAGCAAACCAACACGAUUUCCCCUUCUGAGCCUCCCUGAAAUUGGCGACAGUGGCACAACCCGUGGAUCUGAUGGAUUCAACGAGUUUCACGAUUUCAUCUUCUCCGGUCUGGGGGCAAUGAGGAACGAUCGGGAUGCGAAAUGGUCAACAAAGACCUUCACCAUCGUAAUCAGCAGUCGAGAACCUUCAAGUGAGCCUCACGGGUGA